AGGGGCCUGGGGCGGCCACCAAGCCGGACAUGGAGUCCUAGGCGCACUCGGAGGAGCGAUCGGCGGCUCGAUGCUACAGGAUACGUACAAGAAGCAUCAUAAGAAGGAGGACAAGCACCAUCGGAAGGAGGAGAAGAAGCAUAGGAAGGAGCAGCGGCGACAUCGGCGUGGCUCCGGCUCGUCGAGCAGUAGUAGUAGCAGCAGUGAUUGAGUGUCUUUGGUGUUUUGUAAGAGGUAGGAGGAGAGCUGUUGGUUGGAUGGAACAGCUAGGCGGAGCUUGCUGGCUGGCGUUACACUGCAUACGUAUGCGGGCCUUGAAUGAGGGUUCUCGAGGUGCGAUGACGCUUUUGCCAGCGUGUAGUCUUUGGCCAGCAUUCAAUACAUCUAUUGAUUCAUGUCAUAUGUAUUGCCGUCAAGUACCAACUUGGAUCUGCUUCAGUACAAGCCCUGUCCAUCGAAUCAAUUUAUGUGACUACGACAUGGACCGUCCCACCAACGAUCAACAGUCUUCGAACUCCCCUGCUCAGCAGCCUGAGGAACGAUUUAGUCCCUCGCAGCUUCAUGUUCGCCAUACCAAAGCCCACAACGCAACUCUUAGGAGCAAACCCACCAGGAGCUGGCGACGCAGGCCGAAUGCAGAGCUGAAGGCCGCGAGACGUAACGAGUCCAAAGACGUCGAGGGAGGUGCGGGAGCUCGAGCGCGCUCCGACUCGGCUUCGUCGACUAGUCACGCCAGCGGCGUUAUUAGUACCAGCAGCUCUUCGCCUUCUUCGGACGAGACUGGCCAGGCUAGGAAAGAGUUGGAGUCCAAGGAGGGAGACCGCUCUGAGGGCCGACAGCUCAAUACCGGUCCAUUCACGCGCUUUGUGAAAGCUUUGGAGGAGAGGAGGGCGGGUAGGAAGGGUCGCGCGGGGGGCCGGAAGCAGAAGCAGAGCAAAGAAUCCGAGGAUCGUGAAGACCGCGAUACGACAUCGUCCAGCAGUACGAGCAGUAGCAGCAGUGCCACCUUCUCCGCGUCGGCUUCGGAUAGCAGGCCGGCUAAGCGACGGUGCUAGCUGAGGUCAUCGAGGGAGAGCAGGUAUUCAUUGUUGCGCUGAAAG